GAGAGAGAGAGAGAGAGAGAGAGAGUGUGUGUGUGUGUGUGUGUGUGUGUGUGUGUGUGUGUGUGUGUGAGAGAGAGAGAGAGAGAGAGAGAGUGUGUGUGUGUGUGUGUGUGUGUGUGUGUGUGUGAGAGAGAGAGAGAGAGAGAGAGAGAGAGUGUGUGUGUGUGUGUGUGUGUGUGUGUGUGUGUGUGUGUGUGUGUGUGUGUGAGAGAGAGAGAGAGAGAGAGAGAGGGAUUGCGAGGCUGCUGUCCUGAUCAGCUCAUCCUCAUGGAGCACUUCACGCCUUUAGCGGAACAUGAACACACGGACACAUCACUCACACCAGCUCAGCUCUAAACAACUCUUCUGCCUUCGUUUGGGAUUAUUUUAUACUCGCUGACACUGUGUUCAGUUUGAGCACAGAUCAAAAUGAGCAACAUCUACGAGUCAGCAGCCACCACACUGGGCCUCUUCAACAGCCCGUGCCUGACCAAAGUGGAGCUGCGUGUGGCCUGUAAAGGUAUCUCAGACAGAGACGCCCUGUCCAAACCAGACCCGUGUGUGGUGUUAAAGAUGCAGUCCCAUGGACAGUGGUUUGAGGUGGACCGGACCGAGGUGAUCCGCAGCAGCAUCAGCCCUGUGUUCUCCAAGGUCUUUACAGUCGAUUACUACUUUGAAGAGGUGCAGCGUCUGCGCUUUGAGCUCCAUGACAUCAGCAGCAACCAUAAUGGACUCAAGGAGGCGGACUUCCUGGGAGCCAUGGAGUGCACACUUGGACAGAUUGUGUCUCAGAGAAAACUCUCCAAAGCGUUACUGAAACAGGGCAACACAGCGGGCAAGUCUUCUAUAACGGUGACAGCAGAGGAAUUAUCUGGGAAUGAUGAUUAUGUGGAGCUUGCCUUCAGUGCCAAAAAGCUAGAUGACAAGGAUUUUUUUAGCAAAUCAGAUCCAUUUCUAGAAAUCUUCAGAGUCAAUGACGAUGGUACUGGAUCCCUCGUGCACAGAACUGAGACCAUCAUGAAUAAUCUAAAUCCAGUGUGGAAAUCAUUCAAAGUGUCACUAAACACUCUCUGCAGUGGGGAUCAUGAGCGGGAGCUGAAGUGUACAGUUUGGGAUUGGGACUCAAAUGGAAAGCAUGACUUCAUUGGAGAAUUCCAGACGACCUUCAAAGAUUUGAAGACAGCUAUGGAUGGAAAACAGAUUCAGUGGGAAUGCAUCAAUCCCAAGUAUCAAGUGAAAAAGAAGAAUUAUAGAAAUUCUGGUGUGGUGAUCCUGAAUCAGUGUAAGAUAAUAAAGAUGCACUCAUUUCUGGAUUAUAUAAUGGGCGGAUGUCAGAUCCAGUUCACAGUGGCGAUUGAUUUUACUGCCUCAAACGGCGACCCACGUAACAGCUGCUCCCUUCACUACAUCCACCCAUACCAGCCCAACGAGUACCUCAAGGCCCUGGUGGCUGUGGGUGAGAUCUGCCAAGACUACGACAGUGAUAAAAUGUUUCCCGCGUUUGGCUUUGGAGCACAGAUCCCACCUGACUUCAAAGUCUCCCAUGAUUUUGCUGUAAACUUUGAUGAGGACAACCCAGAGUGUGCUGGUAUUCAAGGUGUUGUAGAAGCUUAUCAGAACUGUCUGCCUAAGAUCCAGCUCUAUGGUCCUACAAACAUCGCACCAAUCAUCCAGAAAGUAGCCAACUCUGCUUCUGAGGAGAUGCACACCAAGGAGGCCAUGGAGUAUUUCAUUCUGCUGAUCCUGACAGAUGGUGUUAUAACAGACAUGGCAGACACACGGGAGGCCAUUGUACAUGCCUCCCACCUCCCCAUGUCCGUUAUCAUCGUGGGAAUAGGCAAUGCUGACUUCAGUGACAUGCAAAUGCUGGAUGGCGAUGAUGGCAUUCUGCGCUCGCCCAAAGGAGAACCUGUCCUCCGAGACAUUGUCCAGUUUGUGCCCUUCCGUAACUUCAAACAUGCUUCUCCUGCAGCGCUGGCGAAAAGUGUGCUGGCUGAGGUGCCUAACCAGGUAGUGGAUUACUACAACAGCAAAGGCAUCAAGCCCAAAUGUCUGUCAGACUUCGAGUCUUCCAGACCCUUCAGUCCCUAAGCGACACAAACUAACCCGGAGACAAGUAACACACCCUGCUUAUUAUUAUUAGUAUUAUUAAUAUUAGUAUUAUUAUUAGUAUGAUCAGUAACAUCAAAAUAUAGUAAAAAAAAAGUGUAAUAACUGUUAUAAUUGUUGUGUCUCUAUUUUUCACAGUUUUGGAUAAUUUAUUUAUUUUAUAAAUUUAUAUCUAAAUUGAGCCAAAAGCACCCUCAGCUAGAUGAAAUAUAAUUAAUAUGUGCUCAUGAUUUCCAGUUGUACAGAAUGUGUAUUUUAGCUUUGGACAGUUUGCAUUAUUAUUAUUAGUAUUAGUAUUAUUAUUAUUAUUAUUAUUAUUAUUAUUAUUACUGUUGUUAUUUAUUCAUGUGUUUGUUUAUUUGUUCAUUUACUUAUUUACUUGUUCAUUUAUUUUCUUGAUUAUUUAUAAUAUGUUAUCUAUAUAUGUUACUGAACCUAAAACAGCAUAGACUUUGGUUGCUAUACAGAGCACAGAGCGAGUCUCGGGCGGGAUUCACCAUGUUCCUUUACAUCAUGGGGAACUGAAUACAGUCCAAGGGAACAUGAUAGUCCACUGUUCGAUGGUAGCCUUUGCUUACACUUGAGCAGGAAGUCCACACCACUGUCAUUUCCUGUUAUAAAGUGGCACCAUUUGAUUAUGACUUCAGUCAUUUUAUCAGUUAAAAUGUUUUAUUGCAUGUGUUUCCUAAAGACAUUAAAUAAAAUCCGUGUACAGUAUGUAGAGAUUAAUACAAGCUAUCCAAUUAAUAUUUACAUAAAGCUCUGAAGACAGAUGUUCUAGACAUGUUCUGUUCUUUUCUACAGGAUUGUUGACAUUUUUUUGCUAAAUUUCUUAACAAUUUUUAAUCUGAAUGUUCCUUCAGACAUUUAGAGUGAGUAGCUGAUAAUGCAAUAGAUUACUUCUUCUAUCUUAAUUGUUUUGUAUGCAUACAUGUAUUAAUGGUGUGUGUGUGUGUGUGUGUGUGUGUGUGUGUGUGUGUGUACAGGUGGGUGUGUGUGUGUGUGUGUGUACUUACUACAGAUACUGCAUUGUAUAUUGCA